AUGAGAUAUUUACAGNUUCUAACUGAUGGACAUAGUCAUGAUCUCAAUUGGAUUCUUGUUCUACUAAAACGACGACCAACUCAGCGUCAUGAUCGUUUAUUUACAUGUUCAGUUAGUAAUGUUGCAAACAAGCAUGCUUUGAAACAGUUAGCGAAUGGAGCAAAUGGAGGUGGUCUAACAACAAUAUUCGAUUCAAACUAUCGAUCGAAAUGGAAAAAAAAAGUAUUGAAUAUUCUCGAACAAGUUCGACAACCAUGUGUUACAAGUAUAUCAAUUGAUUGGCAUGGUUGUUUGGAUAAAAAACAAAAAUUCAAUAUGCAAGCACCGAAAAUGAUUCGAUCUUUAUUCAAUGGAAUGCGACUUACUGUCUAUCGAUUUAUAGAAAAUUGUCACAAGGCAACAUUGACGGCUAUUAUUGAUGGACAAGAAUUUGUUACGACUGUAUUUAGUAGUACGAUGACAACGACUAGAGGACGUAUUCUACAUUGUUUAACUACUCGAGCAAUCAUUGAUGACUAUGAUAAUGGACUAUUGGACGUAGAUGAAAGCGAAAACGAAUUGAUCAAAGUUCAAAAUAAACGAGAUUUGAUUGAUCUUAGCAUCAAACAUUCUGUUAUUAGUACAUAUACUAGUUUUGUUGCCAUCGAAGAACGUAAUGUUACAGAGGAUAUAAAAACUCUUCAACCAGGUGUUCAUCUACUUGAAGUUAUGCUGGAACGUGAUGUUGACUUACUACCAUACAUUUGUUGGGAUGGUGAUUUAUCAAAUUUGACUUUAAUUAAACAGAAAUUAGUCGAUGUACGUAUUUCACUCGAAUGUGCAUCGGUUCAGAGCAAAAAAGAAACAGUUGCUGAUUUUGAACAACUUUGUCAAAAAAUUUCCUAUCGAGCAGGUGGUGAUGCAAAAUUUAGUAUAAUGAUGACUAUCAUACGCACAUAUCGUUAUUCAUUGAAUGAGUAUGAUAAAGCAGAUGAACUCGAAGACAAAAUGAGAAAAGGUCUGUUAAUUGAUCUAGGACUAACAUUUACAUAUGUAAAAUUUGAAAAAUGA